AGUGCCCACGCUGCCUUCACUUCCACGCAAUUCCUCAACCCCUUCCUCUGAGCAACAAGUUUUGCAGCAAGUGAACGCCUCACUGCAGGAAAAAAAAAGGUUGCACGUCAUUGAAGCUGCACCGGUUAUUCCAAUGGAGCUGGCGGGGGAGAGAGGAGCAUCCGCGGGGAACAUGGACACCAAAGUGGACCCACGGAAAAGGAGUCGUGCAGCAGGGGCGGCUCUAAGCGCCAUCCCGUCGGUGUGCUCCGUGGCGUCCAUCGCCUUCUGCAUCGUGCUCAGCAUCAACGCCGCCGACGUCAGGCGCCGGCUGGUGGGCUUGGAGCAUGGCGCGAACACCUUUACGCGCGCUCCUGCUGAUCUGGACGCAUUGAUUGAGCAAAAACUCAACCAGAUGUUCACCCAGCGUUCUUAUGAGCAAUUUGUCAAGAUCAGGACGGCCAGACAAGCAUCACCUGAAUGCAACUGCCCUCCAGGACCUCCAGGGAAGAGAGGAAGGCGAGGCCGCAAUGGAGAACCUGGACCUCCUGGUCCUCCAGGCCCGAAGGGUGAAAAGGGGGAUCAAGGCGACCAGGGACCACGGAUGGUCUUCCCUAAGAUCAAUCAUGGCUUUCUUUCCGCUGACCAGCAGCUCAUAAAGCGCCGUCUCAUCAAGGGGGAUCAGGGGCAAGCGGGACCACCUGGGCCUCCGGGGCCACCAGGUCCCCCUGGCCCACGCGGGCCCCCAGGAGACACAGGCAAGGAUGGGCCAAGGGGCAUUCAAGGCCUACCAGGUGAUCAAGGGCAGCCAGGAGAAAAAGGACCUAUGGGACCUGAGGGGCCUCAAGGACUCAAGGGUUCACUGGGGCCUCCUGGUAUUCCAGGUGUUGAUGGACUGAAGGGGGAUCUUGGCAUUCCAGGACUGGACGGCAUCCCUGGAGCCAAGGGUGAAAUGGGAGAGCGAGGUGAAAAGGGCGACAUGGGUGAAGAAGGACCAAAAGGUGAAAUCGGAGAGAAGGGAGAUGCCGGCUCCUCUGCGGCAGGCAUCAAGGGUGAACCUGGAGAACCUGGAAGAAGUGGACAAAAGGGAGAGCCAGGACUUCCAGGGCUGCCUGGACUACCAGGAAUAAAGGGGGAACCAGGAUUCCUAGGCCCCCAGGGAGAGCCAGGUCUCCCAGGCCUGCCGGGAACCAAGGGCGAGAGAGGCGAGCACGGGCCACCCGGAAAAGGUGAACAAGGCGAUAUCGGACCAGUGGGGCCAAAGGGUUCGCAAGGAGAGACAGGGACACCUGGUCUUAAAGGGUCAAAGGGCGAGACUGGCGAUAAAGGAGAUUAUGGGCCUGUUGGGCCUAAGGGCCCACCGGGGCAAAAAGGAGACCAAGGGACCACAGAAAUCAUCGACUACAAUGGGAAUAUUCAGGAAGCUUUACAGAAGAUUACCACUGUCACAGUGACGGGUCCACCGGGUCCUCCUGGGCCUAUAGGACCGCAGGGUAUGAAGGGGGACCGUGGUAUGCCUGGCCUCCCUGGACUGGAUGGCGAAAGAGGCUACAAGGGCUCCAAGGGAGACAUGGGAAUGCCCGGAGCGUCAGGAGACAAAGGAGCGACCGGUUUACCUGGAUUACCCGGUGUCAAUGGGGUGAAGGGAGACAAGGGAGAUCCAGGUCUGCCCGGCCCUCAAGGUUCCUCAAUUAUUGGCACACCAGGGGCACCAGGCCCGCACGGGCCUCCUGGACCUAUGGGACCACAUGGUUUCCCUGGACCAAAGGGGGAAGCUGGUUUGCACGGCGCCAAGGGUGCACGUGGGGAGCCCGGCCACAAGGGUGACAGAGGACCAUUAGGCCUUCCUGGAGCCUCCGGCUUGGACGGCAAGGCCGGAAUGAGGGGCACUGACGGGCCUUCAGGUCCAGCUGGUCCAGCCGGCCCAAAGGGGGACAGAGGGGAGCAAGGUGCACCGGGUGAGCCAGGACCAAGGGGGCCAUACGGAUUACCUGGAGCAGCGGGAACGCCAGGCUUGGAUGGGUUGCCGGGUUUAAGAGGAGAGAAGGGCGACGUUGGGGAAAGAGGAGAAAAGGGGGAGAAGGGAAAGAAGGGCAAAAAAGGGCCUAAGGGCGAGAAAGGAGAACAGGGUGCCCCUGGAUUAGAUGCACCCUGCCCAUUGGGCCCUGAUGGAUUACCAAUGCCUGGCUGCUGGCAGAAGUGAUCACGCUAACCUGAAACGCAUGGAGUUUGUAAAUAAUGCUUCUUUUAUGGUAUUUAUAAUGUUUUAUUUUUAAAUGGGAGAGGUCUAUGCGUAUAAUGAUGCAAAAACAACCCUCAUGCUUCUACUCACAUCGCCGUGUGUUUGGAGCUUUUGAAGGCUGCCUGGAGCACCACAAGAGGGCGGUAGCUGGGGCUGGAUUUUUAGAAACAGGAUGUGGAAGGACUGACGCUCUGUGUUUUGGUAGUUUUCUGUGUGUCGUCACGCUUUUUCAAAGACACGAGCAUGUUCCACAAAUGUGUUGUGUGCGCACACUGUCAUGGCUCCUGCAGAGACAAACUAACAGAAAAAAAGACAUUUAUUUUAAUUAUAAUUUUGGCUUUUCCUGAAUCUUCCCAAGGGAGUCACACCAUGGCUGGUAGCCUGAAACGUCCCCCCGCAUCCCCCCCCCAAAAAAUGAAAGAUUGUUGCUUUAUCGCGCCUGCGAAAGGCGUUGGCUGGCCUCUCCGCGCCCGGCUGCACUGAUAAAAGAAUCAACGAGGGGUUUUCUUUUUCUUUUCUUUUUUUUUUAAAGCUGGGACGGUGCCCCCCCACCCCUGAGCCAGGGCCUCUGAGCCUGGAGGAUCUACUGAGAGCGUUGAUGAUAGGAUGCAAUCAUGUUUAUUUGCCAAAGAGCGACAUAUCGUUUCUUUGUGUUUGUUUGUCAUGUGAUUUUUUUUUCAAUCCAAAACACCUGACGGUCACCAUAAAGCUUCUUCGCCGUGAUGUUUUUUUAACAUCCGGGGUCAAAAAUCAACCCGCAACUGACCACAUGCACUCGCACGUCAAAUUUAAGCUCUUGAUGCGUGUGUUCCAGCCCUGCAAUCACUUUGUCACUUGAUGGUCACCAUAUCGCUAUGGUUCUUUUGGGGGGAGGGGUUGAGCUUCCGGGGUCAAAAAUCAACUUGCGAUAAAGCACACAGACUGGCAUGUCAAAUUAAAGCUCUUAGCAAGUGUUUUCCAGCGCUGUCAUCAGUUUGUCAUGACACCAAAUGAUAAUGACAAACAAUGGAGAAACAAGAAAUAUCAAGUGACAUGACAUUUCUUUUUUUUUUUUAGUUGUUUUGCUCUUAGUUGUUUAUAUUUUGUGUCUGAUAGCCAUUUGGUGCCUGAAGCUUUUAUUCAUUCCUUUACCAGAAAACUUUAUAUAUCACAUUUUCAUCAUUUAUCUUUGGUUGUUUGUUUUUUUACAGUUUUCAGCUGUUUUUAUUGUCAGUUGACUGCGUGUGUGCAAGGGAAACAAUCAUAUAUGACAGUGGUUCUCAAACUUUUUACACCAAGUAGCGCCUAAAACAACACCGCCGUUUUUGCUGCUUCUGCUUGCCAUCGCGGUUCCGCUUUGAAGAUGUGGCUUGUACUUGCAGAUGAUUGGCUUGUGGUGAUUUUCAAUGCCAGCAAAUAUUUGGUUAACGUGUAAUUGUACAAUUAUUUCAUGCGUAUUUUAUGUAUAUAUUUACCAAGAUAAUUUAAUUUCUGGUGUUCUGGGGUACCACCAGAUGGAGCCCCCUGUACCACGGGUGGUACCCGUGCCACAGUUUGAGAACCAGUGUUACACGUAGCAUAUUUACAGUACAGUGGCUAGUCAACACCUUUUAGUGCAGUAUUAUUGUUUUUUAAGUUGCUGCUAUGCAAUGUCUCCACAAAUCUGCACAGCGGUCUCAACCAGUUUUUUGGGGUUUUUUUUAAAAUAAUUUCUUUGCAUAUAUUUGUUGUAUUUUAUAUGACAUAAUUUAUUUUUCUAUGAUUUAUUGGGUUGUAAGCGGCAUUCCUCUACGUCGUGUUGCCAUUUGUGUACAAAAAAUGGAGGCUUCAAGGAGCUGUGGCUUAUUUCCGUGGACCAUUGCAACGUUGGGGCGUCGCCAUGACAACACUUUUUUCUUGAGGGCGGCCUGAAUGUUGUCGUUGGGUCAGUCAGUGCCAUGUUUGUUUGUUUCCCUGGUUUGCAUUGAAUGUAGUUUGGUAUAUAUAGGUAUAAAUAUGUGUAUGUAUUGUGGAUGACUUAAUGUACUGUUGACAUAAGAAGUGCAAUUUUUAUUCACCAUUUUGUGUGUUUGUGUGUAGCAUCCAGCUGGAAGGUCACAUUUUUGUGUGAUUUCUGUGGCUCUGUUUCUUCAGUCGUGCUACCCCAAGUUUGAAUAUACCACUUUUAAAAAGCAAAGCAAAUCUCCUUUCCAUUAAUGACUAUUAGUGUGUUUUAUUGUCUUGGUCCUCACAAGGUGCUGUAUCGUUAGCAUGUGCAACUAUUUUUUUUUGUAGAUUUUAACUCCCUGUUUUGGGUUUUUUUUGGGAGGGGGAAGGGUGUUAUUGUCCUUGUCAUACUUUUAAGUGCCAAAAUCUGGACAAUUAUUUUGCGAUGGAAACAUAUCCCUAAGAAAAAGGUAGUGUAAUAGGACACGUGUGUAUUUGUCCCCUCCCAAAAAAUACUUGCUGGGAAUUUGUGGCAUGAGUUCAAAUCUAUUUGUAUUAUUUUUGAUUGUGGUUGAGUUUCAGUUCAUGCAUUUGUACUGUUUUUAUUUUUGUUUUUUGUUUUUUUUACCCGCUUGAUUGGCAUUUCUUCAUUUCAAACUUUAUACAUUUAUAUGACUGUACUGUCGGAGCCAAAUAAACGGUCUUUCAAAUACAUCACUGGUACCAAACUCCAAAAUGACCAAAAAUGUCCAUGGUUGUAUGCGGGGAUAAAAAUGCUUUUUGGGCUAAAAUGUUCAUUCUCUUGAUUUUAUCCAUUUAAUUCAUAUUUAUAUUUAACUGUAUUUUUUAAAUUUUGAUCAAAAUAAAGUUUAAUUGGAUAACAUUUUAAAUAAAUAUACUUGUUACAGCAACAUUGAAGAAAAUGGCUCAAGGAACUCAAAUAUAAAAAAAUAGGAAAUAUACAAUUUUAAAAGUGCACACAUGAUGUGGCUUUAAUCAUAUAAAAGAAAACAAAACUGCAGCAUUAUUGCACUGUAACCCUUUAAUCAAUCUUUGACAUUGCAAAUAAUGAUAAAUUAAGGAGGUCAUUGUAAUGUGUUUUAAAUACAAUUUUUAUUUGAAUGAAAACAUUUUUCAAGAACAUAUCAAAGUAGUGUUAUAAAUUGUAAAUUGUAACGAAUGCAGUUUGCUUGGUUUAAGGUAAUUGAGUUGGGGUUUUUUCUACUUCCGAAGGACUGAAGUUGUUAUUGUCCUUGUAGAAAUGUAUUUUUCUUUUUAAACGCUGAUAAUUACGGAGGUCUUUAAUUAACUAACAGGUAAAUUAAUGGGUUUUUUUUCCUAGAAAAAAAGGCUGCUUUUUUGGGUCAUGACUUAUUUAAAUGUUUAUAUGUUUAUGUUUAUAUCUAAAUUUGCAUAUUGGGCCACACGGUGGUCUAGUGGUUAGCACGUGGGUGCGAUUCUCCCCUGGGGCAUUUCUGUGUGGAGUUUUCAUGUUCUCCCAGUGCGUGGGUUUUCUCCGGGUACUCCGGUUUCCUCCCACAUUCCAAAAACAUGCGUGUUAGCUUAAUUGGUGACUCUAUAUUGUUCAUAAGUAUGAAGGUGAGUGUGAAUGGUUGUUUGUCUAUAUGUGCCCUGCGAUUGGCUGGCGACCAGUCCAGGGUGUACCCCGCCUCUCAGCAUAUCCCCGCGACCCUAAUGAGGAGAAGCGGCUUAGAUGGAUGGAUGGAUGGAAUUUAUUUAUUUAUAAAUGUUAUAUUUUUUGUUGAUUUUUGUUCUGAUUCAUUCCCUAUGAUAUGUAAAAAUACAAGUUAUUAUUAAAUAUGUGGAUAUUUGUAUGUUUUGGGCAAUACACGCCGACAAUUACGACGGGCUACAUUGAAAAAAUAAAUAAGAUUGGGGGGGGGAGAAAUUGUAAUAUUAAAGGCAUAAAAUUACGAGUAUAUAGUUGUACAUUUCGGAGAAAAAAAUGUAAUAGUACACGAAUGAAGUUGUAAAUUUACGAGAAUAAAGUAAAUUGAUGAGAAUGAAGACAUAAAUUUACAAGAAAAAAAGUUGUAAUUUUACAAGAAUAAAGGCGUACAUUUACGAGAAUAAAGUCGUAAUAUUAUGUCUCCGAGGGAAAAUAGAGCAUAGCUCUUCGGGAAGGAAGGAAACUUUCCCUCUGCUUCUCUCAAAGCUUCUAACCUGGCAGCAAAACAGAGUAGUUGAGCACAAACAGGUUAGCAUAUCUAGCCCUUCUCACUUCCACCUUCCUUACCCCGCCCCCGUCACAUGCCCAAGGCCAAAGGUCACAUACGCCCCCCCUUUUCAUAGCUGUCUCAGGCAAUGCCUGUAACAUAAAGUUACGAGUUACAACAAAUGUCAUAAUACUCCGUCGUAACAGGCAUUGCGUGAGACAGCCAUUAAAUGGGGGGGACUUAUGUGACAUU